AGAGAGAUGACAUAUUAGCUGGCCACUCGUUAUUAUUCUCUUUUCUUUUAUAAAUAAUUAAUAUUUCCUUUUUUUACCCAACUGGUUCUUUGAGACUACAAACUCGAACAGAGAAUCUGAGAUUUUCUCGGGAAAACUAAACUCUAUCUUAACUCUAGAUUGUCUUCCCGGGCAGAGGAGAUCUGUGAAGUCAAACAACAACAAGAAGUCGAAGAGAGAGAGUUUGGUUGGAGUUUGUGGAUCAGAAAGGUCACUAGUUUGAUCCUUUUGGUACACGUGGCGUAAUGGGUAUGGAGUCAUGUUGAUGAUGUCCAAGUCCCCGAGUUCGUCCAACAUUCCUCUUCUUGUUCUGUCUCCUAUGCCUUUGUCUUGUUUCUGAUACUUAGAGAGAUCUUCAGAUCCGUUCUUUUCUUCUUUUGCCUUUGUGAUUGAGAGAAAGAGACAGCAGCAAAAAUGAUGAGAAACAAACCGACAAAUCUCCCGGCGACGAACGGCGGCAGAGUCUCCGGCGCCGGCGCCGGCGGUGGCGGCAGGGAGUCAGGCGGUCAUGAUUGGGAGAUGAGACCCGGAGGAAUGUUGGUUCAGAAACGGAACCCCGAUUCGGAUCCUGUCGGAGCUAAACCGCCGCCGAUGAUUAGAGUCAGAGUCAAGUACGGUUCGGUCUACCAUGAGAUCAGUAUUAGUCCUCAUGCUUCAUUUGGGGAGCUAAAGAAGAUGUUGAGUGGACCAACGGGUAUACACCAUCAAGACCAGAAGCUAAUGUAUAAAGACAAAGAAAGAGACUCAAAGGCCUUUCUUGACGUUUCGGGAGUGAAAGAUAAAUCCAAGAUGGUGCUUAUCGAAGACCCGAUUAGCCAAGAGAAACGUUUCUUGGAGAUGAGGAAGAUCGCCAAAACCGAAAAGGCGUCUAAAGCGAUUUCCGAUAUUAGCCUCGAAGUUGAUAGGCUCGGAGGACGUGUUUCCGCGUUUGAGAUGGUUAUUAAAAAAGGAGGGAAAGUUGCGGAGAAAGAUCUUGUAACGGUGAUUGAGCUGUUGAUGAAUGAGUUGAUCAAGCUGGAUGGGAUUGUAGCUGAAGGUGAUGUGAAGUUACAAAGAAAGCUGCAGGUGAAGAGAGUGCAGAACUAUGUGGAAGCACUUGAUGUUUUGAAGGUGAAGAACUCUAUGGCUAAUGGGCAGCAGAAACAGUCUAGUCGUCAGAGACUUGCAACGAUUCAAGAACAUAGGCAAGAACAGAAGCCGAUACAAUCGCUUAUGGACAUGCCUAUAAACUACAAACAGAAGAAGCAAGAGAUUGAAGAGGAGCCAGGAGCAGGACCAAAUCUUAUGGAUUCUUCUACUAAAUGGGAAACAUUUGAUCACCAUACGGCGACGACCACUCCAUUGAGCUCUGCAAAUAAUCAUGCCAUUCCACCCAGGUUCAAUUGGGAAUUCUUUGACUGAAAAUAAAAAGUCAAAUUUGGUGAGACCUUUUUUUCUACUUGUAUGAUUAAUUCUUGUGUGGAGGUGUUUUCUUUUUCCUUUUUCAUCUUCUACUUGUUCUUCUUCUUAUUUUUCAUCAUCAUGAUUCUUUUGAUGUACUUAGAUUUUUGUGGGCGUUGUUGUUCGUUAUAAGAAAUAAACAGAGACGCUACUACAGAUAAUUUGAUCAUGUGUGUUUUCAUUCUU